AUGACUAGUAAUAAUUUAAUUGAAUUCAAUUGUCUUGGUACUAUCUUUCUCAUUCGAGAAACUUCUCUUAAUCGUUUUCCAAAUACUCUUCUUGGUGAUCCAAAACGUCGUGGUUCUUUGUAUAACAAAGUAAAACAACAAUAUAUUAUUGAUCGACAUAUUGUUUCUUUUGAAGCAAUUAUUAAUUAUUAUGAAACAGGUCAAUUAAUUGCACCUACAAUUUAUGAACCAAUUAUUUUUUUUGAAGAACUUAAAUAUUUUCAAUUAGAUGAUGAAACAAUUCAACAUUUUUAUAAUAGUGAAAUACAUGAAGAAUUUAUUGAUCAUCAACGUAUUGUACCAUCAAAUCGUAUUUUACGAGCUAUUUGGAUUUCAUUAGAAUAUAAUGAUUAUUCAUUCAUUACACAAAUAAUUCAAUUAAUUUGUUUAAUUAUUUCUUUACUCUAUUGUUUUAAUAUUUCAAUUGAACUUCUUCCACAAUUAUCAAGAGAAAAAGUUAUCUGUUAUAAAUCAUCUACUAAUCAUCAUCAUUUAACUAAUUGUAAUAAUAUAUUUUUUGAUUUUCGUCCAUCAAAAAUUGCAGGUCAAUGGAUUCUUAAAAUUGAACAACUAUGUACUAUUUUUAUUACAUUGGAAUAUAUUCUUCGUUUUCUAACAUCACCUCAUAAAUGGCUAACAUUAAUUUUAUUAAUAAAUAUAUGUGAUUUAUUUACAUUAUUUGUUAGUUGGAUUUAUUUAAUAUUAAUUAAUAUGAAUAUAUCAAAUAAUGAUAAACAAGAUUCAUUUUUUUAUAUAAAAUUAUUUCAAUAUUUAAUGCUUUUACGUUUAUUUCGAUUUUUUCGUCUUUGUCGUUAUGUUAAAUCAUUACGAAUACUUUUUUAUGGAAUUCAAAAUGCAUUUAAAUAUAUUUUAUCUAUUGGUUUUAUAAUACUAUUUUUUGUAUUUACAUUUGGUGUUAUUAUACAAAUUAUUGAAAAAAAUUGGGAUCAUGCUUAUGUAACACGUCUUGAAGAUUUAUUUAAUAUUGUUACUAUAUCAACAAUAACUGUUGGUGAUGCUAAACGUGUACCAUUGUCACCAAACGGAAAAAUUCUUUGUUCAUUUCUUGCUGGAAUAGGUUUAUCGACAUAUUAUCUAUUGGAAUCUAAAAACGGUAAUGAAGCAAAAGAAUAUAAUGAAAAGAAAGCGAUAGUUCAAAAAAAAAAAGAGUUCACAUUUAUUGUUACACGUCUUCAAUCACAACAAAAUGAAAUAGAUCAGUUUAUGAGAAAAUUACUUAUAUAUGUAUGUACAUCAUCGAUGAGUACUAAUACACUUGUUAAUGAAAAUUUACCUGUUAAUAAUACAACAUCGACAACAACAUUAAAUAAUGAUGGUCCUAUAGCACACCUUGAUCAUAUGUUAAGUACACUUCAUGAUGACCAACAAACACGAAUGCCAUCAAAUAUAUCAAUUGAUACAUUUGAUAAUAAAUCACAUCGAAUAAAUCAUCGUUCAACAUCACGAACAGCAAUAACUGAUGGAAAAAUUGUUGAAUGUUCAUCAGAAAAUUCAAUUGUUUAUCGAUAUUAUACAGGAGAAUCAGGUUCAAUUAUUGAAGAACAUUUUGAUAAGGCACUUAAACAACCAACAUCAUUUAAUUCAACAAGAUCAAUAUCAACACGAGAUCCUCGAACAUCAUCUUAUGGUUAUUCAAGCAUGAUGAAUCCAUCAAGUAGUUUUUGGCCUAAUUUUAUGACAUCACCAACUUCAUAUCCACAUCCAACUUAUCUUCCUACAUCACAAAAUGAAUAUACUGAUUGGAUGCAUCAUCAUCAUCAUACAUAUCGUUCACCUUAUUCAACAAAUUCAACAACAACAACACCAUCAUCAUCAUCAUCAGCUAUUUCAAACAAUCAUUUACAUUCAAUUGGAUCACCAAAUAAUACAAAUCUUAAUAACAAUACAGGGCGUUAUCAUCAUCAUACAUCACCCGAUAUGGAUGUUGUGACAGCAGCAGCUAUUGGAGCUGCAGCCGCUGCACAAAUGUUUCAUCAUGAAAAACAAUCUCAUCAUGGUUAUACACCAACAUCUCAUCAUUUUGAUUAUCAUCUUGGUGGAUCAAUGAUGGCAACAGCAUCAUAUGCAUUUCCUCCACAGAGCUUUGAUUUAAUGGGUACAGGUACAUCAACAAUGGGUUUAGAAAAUCCAAAUAUUAAAGAUUCAACAGCAUCGACACCUUGGUAUUCAAAUCAUCAUUUAUCGUGUUGA